UUGGGCUUUGGCGUUUUGGAGACCGGGGCUCGAGAAAUUGUGCGCGAGAUCUUAGCAAACAGUGUAAAUGGAGCUUUGAUACCGAUCGGAAGGACAAAACUCCACAGACAACGCACACAACAAGUGACAAAUAAAAGUGAACAUCACACUCCAAAUAUCCAAAGAAAUAAAUUGUUUUCAAGACAACCAAAAAAAAUUAUUUAAACAGAAGGAAAAAUCGAAAACUCAGAAACACUCGAAAUCUUUUUUUGGUUUUUUUUUUUGCUUGUUGUUUUUGCACCAAAGCAAAAUGGCAAAACUUUUUAUAGUUUUUGCCAUUGUGGCUGUGGCGGCUUUAAAUGGAGUCCAAGCUGAAGAUUUGUUACGUUUCAAGCGUCAAGCCACCACCGAAGAGGCCAAAAAGGAAGAGUCUUUUGAAAAGGAACUCUGCAAGGACAAGGAUGCCGGUGAAUGGUUCCGUUUGGUUGCCGGCGAAGGGGACAACUGUCGUGAUGUUAUCCAAUGUACCUCAUCGGGUUUGCAAGCUAUUCGUUGUCCUGCCGGUUUGUAUUUCGAUAUUGAGAAACAAACUUGCGAUUGGAAAGAGUCGGUGAAGAACUGCAAAUCGAAGAAUAAGGAGCGACGUGUCAAGCCUUUGCUCCAUACAGACGAACCAUUGUGUCAAGAUGGCUUCUUGGCCUGCGGUGAUGGCAACUGCAUUGAGCGUGGUCUUUUCUGCAAUGGCGAAAAGGAUUGCUCAGAUGGUUCCGAUGAAAACACUUGUGACAUCGACAACGAUCCAAACCGUGCACCACCCUGUGAUCCAACUGUUUGCGUUUUGCCCGAUUGUUUCUGCUCAGAGGAUGGCACAUCGAUUCCCGGAGAUUUGCCAGCCAAGGAUGUGCCCAUGAUGAUAACCAUCACUUUCGAUGAUGCCAUCAACAAUAACAACAUCGAGCUGUACAAGGAGAUGUUCAAGGGACGCAAAAAUCCCAAUGGCUGUGACAUUAAGGCCACAUAUUUCAUUUCCCAUAAGUAUACCAACUAUUCGGCUGUACAGGAGACGGCCCGUAAGGGUCACGAGAUCGCUGUCCACUCGAUAACCCAUAAUGAUGAGGAACGUUUCUGGUCGAAUGCCACCGUUGAUGAUUGGGCCAAAGAAAUGGCCGGCAUGAGGAUAAUAACUGAGAAGUUCGCCAAUAUCACUGAUAACUCGGUUGUGGGUGUACGUGCCCCAUAUUUGCGGGUGGGUGGCAACAAUCAAUUCACCAUGAUGGAAGAGCAGGCUUUCCUUUAUGACUCGACAAUAACGGCCCCAUUAUCGAAUCCACCAUUGUGGCCAUAUACCAUGUACUUCCGUAUGCCACAUCGUUGCCACGGCAAUCUGCAGAGCUGCCCCACACGUUCCCAUGCUGUGUGGGAGAUGGUUAUGAAUGAAUUGGAUCGUCGUGAGGAUCCGGCAAAUGAUGAAUAUCUGCCUGGUUGCGCUAUGGUUGAUUCAUGCUCGAAUAUCUUGACUGGUGAUCAGUUCUAUAACUUCUUGAAUCAUAAUUUCGAUCGUCAUUACGAUCAGAAUCGUGCCCCAUUGGGUCUGUACUUCCAUGCAGCUUGGUUGAAGAACAAUCCUGAAUUCCUUGAUGCCUUCCUCUAUUGGAUCGAUGAGAUUUUGGCCAAUCAUAAUGAUGUCUACUUUGUGACAAUGACUCAGGUCAUACAAUGGAUGCAAAAUCCACGCACCAUCAGUGAGGUCAAGAACUUUGAGCCAUGGAGGGAGAAGUGUGUUGUUGAGGGUAAACCAGCUUGCUGGGUGCCAAAUACCUGCAAAUUGACCUCCAAGGAGGUUCCCGGGGAGACUAUCAACUUGCAGACCUGUGUGAGAUGCCCCAAUAAUUAUCCCUGGGUGAAUGAUCCCACAGGCGAUGGUUUCUUCUAAGUCAGAUUGGGAGAGAGCGCUUCCCAAAAAUAAAACAACAACAAAAUAAGACAAAACAAAAAACAACAAAAUAAAAAACACCACCAAUCUAACUGCUUCUUCUCCUUCUUCUUAUACACUUUCCCCCCACACUCAACACACACUCUUAUUACACACACACACACACAACAAACAAAUACACACACACACACGCACGCACACAUACAAACACCACAAAAUUUUCCCACAUAAAUUUUGACUGACUUUUUUUUUUGAGCGAGCAGCGAUAAUCUUGGAAUCGCUGCAUCAAAUAACAAAAUUAUUUCUCAACCUCAAACAAAAAAAACAAAAACAUAAAACAAAAAACGUUAAGAAAAUGAAUGAACAAAAAACUCAAAAUCAAACAACAAAAUAAACAUAAUCAAAAUGAAAACAAAAAAAAACCGAAGGAAAGUUAAAAUAUAAAAAAAGGAAACUGCAAGCACACGAUUUCAGUGUCUUCUAUUAUCAUUUUUUUUGUAGUUUUACGUUAAUUUGUAUUUGUACAAUAUAUUUAAAUGAAAACAAAAAUGUUUUAAAAAAUAAUAAAAAGAAAAAAAAAAAACAA